AAACAAAAGAUCCUAAGCCCAAGCCCAAGCCGGCUGCAAUACAGGACAGCGACACAGCAUCUUUUCUCAUUCGCGAUGAGCUGAAGGUACGGGUACUGGUAGUCCUGCAUUGGUCUGAUUGCGCGAGCGGCCAACAGGAAGCACGGCACGGGAAAGCAGAGUCUGGCUUUGGCUGCUGGAAGAACACAAACAACGGGAGAUUAUUGGAGAUACGAUACAACCGCCAUCAUGAAGAUCCAAAUCAAGACACUGGCAGGAACCAUUCUCGAUUUGGAGGUGUCUCCAUCAGACUCCAUUGCGAAUGUAAAGGAGAAAAUCAGAGAAGCAUGGGGUGCCCCACCAGAGCAGCAGAAUCUUCGAUACAAUGAGGUGCUACUAGAAGAAGAAUUGACAGACGACCAGAAUAAUCAGCAAUCUGCAGUGACCUUGGCUGACUACGACAUCGCUGAUGGAGCCACAUUGAACCUAAUCCUUCGCGUGAGGGCAAGAACUAAAAGACCCGAAACGAAAAUCCCACCUCCUCCAAAACAAGUGACGGAUCCUCCGGGAGUUCAUUAUUCGUCUACGUUUCUGGUGCCAGACGACGACGACGAAGAAGAAGAAAAGGUGUCGGUUGAUCAGGAGCCUGGUCGCGCAACGGCAGCCACAGCGGGUCCUGUUGUUCCGCCCAGCAGUCAUGUUUCUCUCCCCACGGGUGGAGCAGUGUGGACGCCGACUAUGAUUGAUCUCAAAACAGAAGGAGUAGGAGUCUGUGAUGAACCACUUCCAAUUCCUGCUCCCAGGCCACAAUCUCCACAACAAUACGUAGCUGAGGCUCUCCUUGCGCCUGCUACUCUUGUUCACGACGAAGGCCCAAACAUGGAAACAAUAGAGUAUGAGGCGUACGGUGCGCCACCUGGCAGACGCCUUUGUCUUCUUCUUUGCUUCGGCUGUUUAAUCCUGAUCGGUGUUGGUGUGGCGGCUGCCGUUGUCGUUGGAACUGAUAGUGCAGGCGAACCUGUUGCGAUAGAUAUCCCACCAACUGCAGCGCCGACUGGACCAAGAUUCAGCGAAUUUACAUUUGCUCCAACUGCCUAUCCCAGUUUUGAUACUGCCGCUGAUGACGGAUUCUUGGGAUUUGACGAUGCUUUUCCAAUCGAAACAAGUCAAGCACCUUCUGGGGCCCCGACUCUUUCGCAAGCUCCCAGCAAUGUACCUUCUGGGGUCCCAACUCUAUCACAAGCGCCCAGUGUCAUGCCAUCUGCGACUCCAACGUUGUCGCCCUCGCCAGUGGAACAGCUGAUUGGUUGGCCAAUAGCGCUCAUGGUUGGGGCUGUGAUGCUUCUCGGAUUUGCAUCCAUCUGGUUCUAUAGGCGCCGGGGUGGGAAAGAUUCCGCAGGAGUCGAUUCCGGCGGUGACCUACAGCAAAAAGUUGACGAUUCCAAAGCGGGUUCUUCUUCCACACCCGACGACGUGGAAGAAGGCAUCACUGCACCACCAGAGACCCAAGAGAAUCUCCUUCCUCCGAUGCCGCUUCCCAAACUAGAUGAACAGUCUCCUGUCAUUGAUGAUGAAGGAAAUGAUGGCGCAGUCAUACGGGAGAAUCAGUCAAAAGAGUUGCUCGGUGUGAGCGUAGCUUGGCUCAAGCACGGUUUGCUGAACGAAGUUCGUGAUGCAGGUUUAGACGAAAGUGCAACAAUCUAUGACCUGGAAAGCUUGAAUGAAGGGGGGCGAUCCAUCAUCCGGGCAAAGGGGCAAAAUGUGGUCUGUCCAUUGGAUGGUAGAAUGGGUGCAGCUUAUGUCCACGCGCUGGAUAGCCAGCAUGUUGGUCCCGCAACCCGAAUGCUCAGCUAUUCUUGGUCCUACGCGAUAGGGGAUAUUGUGGACACUCUGAUGGACUACUGUCUGGCUCAGAAUCUGAAUCCCAAGCACACGUUUGUCUGGCUUUGCUGUCUAUGUUGCAAUCAGCACCGUGUUGCAGAGAACAUCAAGCUGGGCAUGGAGGUUCCAUUCCAUGUCUUCAGAGACAUCUUUCACAGCAGAGUCAUUGGCAUUGGUCACCUGCUCGCAAUGAUGAGCCCUUGGCAUGAACCCAGGUAUCUUUCUAGGGUCUGGUGUAUCUAUGAGAUGUUCAUAGCCUCAUUCCAGAAUAGCGGUGUGAGAGUAUCCAUAGUAAUGCCACCGAGAGAGAAACAAGAUAUGGCAAGGACCAUUGGCUUGAAGGGGGGCGAGGGAUUGGAUCAGCUGUAUCGAACCCUGGGAAGAACAAAAGUUGAAAAUGCUGAGGCAUCACAAGUGGAAGAUAAAACCAAUAUUUUGAAGAUGGUUGAAGCAGGACCUGGCUUUCGAACUCUCAAUGUAAGGGUGAAUGAUUUGCUGAGGCAGUGGGUGACGGAUUCAACUCUGGCGGUGGUAAACACGCUAAUGGACAUGCGCCAGAAAUCAACAUUCCAGGAGGAACCAGGAGUGGGAUUUAGGAGUCGUGAACUGGUCAUUAUGGACACAACAGCAGAUUCAAGCAUCGCAGCUACCCGUGCUUUCACAGACCAACCGACAACAAGUCUUCUUCAAGCACAGGACGGAAGCUUCCGGUGGGAUCAGGCAAUAUCACCGGAAGAUUUCAACCUGUCGGAUAGUGAGUUUGCUGACUUCCUUUCAAACAUGGGGGUGCUCUUCCAGAAAAAUGGCGAGCACAAGCUAGCCCUCCACUACCAGAACAUGGCCCUGAAAACCUACACAUCAAUUGGUGCCAGCCAUGGUGAAGCAGCUGCGUACUCCAACAUUGGGACAGUGCUGCACAAGCAAGGGGACUUGGAAGGGGCACUGAGGAAUCACCAAAAAUCGCUGACUCUAAGAGAAUCUUCAGCUGCAGAUACACAUGAAGGAACCACAACCCGCCAGAGGGCAGCAUCACUCAACAAUAUUGCAUCAGUGCUUCUUGAACAAGGCGACUUUGUUGGGGCCCUAGACAAGUGUCACAAUGCCUUGGCCAUUCUAGAGAAGCAAGAGUGCCCUGAAGCAGCAACAUCACAGAUGGUAGAAGGUUUGGUGCAAUUCAAACAAGGCAAUCACAAGCAAGCCCUUGAGCUCUCUCAGAAUGCACUAAAAUCCCGUGAGGCAAUCCUAGGGAUGUAUCACCCAGAAACAGCUGAGUCAUAUCACCAGAUUGGUCACAUGCUGCAUCAAAUGAAUGAGAGCAGUGACCUUGCAAUAGAAUUCUUCCAACAGGCUCUUGCAAUUCGUGAGUCUGUCCUGGGUUCAGACCACCCAGACACAAAUGAAUCCCGGGAAAGAGCUGAUGAGAUUUCAUGGGCACUGGAAGCUGAAGAUUUUGAAACCAACAUGGUGAAUUCUGAGAUGAGUCCUCUGGUGGUGCGGGCUCAUUGACAUGAAUACUGGAGGGGUCCAGCUUGAGGCCCAUUGGGGCUAUUCGUGCAAAGCAGAAGAAAGCCAUCACUCCUCCGAGUACAGACAGAAUCCAACACCUGGGUGUUCCUGCUGGAUUAGCAUUGUACUGUCACGUUGAUUUCAUGAUGACUCUUUGUCUGUGGUGUAGCCAACCUGCACAAAUUCUUGGGAGACAAACAUGAAACUAAUAAUGAGGUCAAACCAAGCUGAAUUCCUCAUCAGUACCACGGAACCUUCGCUGUCGAGAAUGUAUACCAGCGAUGAGGGUGUCAUGUACCAGCUGGCUAGAUCAGCAGCUGUACAACAGUGCUACGGACGUCAUUACAACAAUGCAUUAUGAAGCAGUAUAAAACAAUAUAAAACAACAUCAAGAGUGAUAUCAAGAGU